AUGCGGCGUGACAACUCCCUCACAUCCAUCAAGUACACCGGCAUCGGUGGAUCUGGCAGCUACAACAAGGUCACCGACCUUGUCCCCGGUGACUGGCCUAGUUGUAGCGUGAGCAAUUACUGCCAGACGGAGAGCGUGUCCGUUUCGGGCAACCUUGCACCCUUCGACGAUGAAAUGACCAUCGCCUUCCGUGGGCCGAUGACAAUCUCUAACAUCGCUGUCUAUCAGCCGGCCAACACCUCCGCGGCGACCUGGUCGCAGGUUAGCUCCUGGACCGCCGGUGGCUCUGCUAACAACUUGGUGUUCAUGAACAACAAGGGCGGAGGCCUUUCUGGUGAAUGGUCUGUCUGCGGUGGCGCCAGUCAAUCGUACGCCAAUGGUAACUGGACCGAUGCGGCUGCCUCGCCCAUGGACUCGGUCAUGGACGGCACCCUCCCCGCCGGUCAGGAAGUGAACAUUGUGACUGCUACCGCCUGCAGUGACACCAACGCCUGCUCCGCUUUCACUCGUGGCACUUCCAACCAUGGCUGGGGCGAGUCGAAGAUGUUCGUCAUGACCGUGACGAUGCCCGACUCGUCUGACGCAUCGCAGGUGCCCGCGGUCUGGGCGCUGAACGCGCAAGUUGUCUGGGCUGCACAGUACGGCUGUAACUGCCGUGGCGAAGGUGUCGGCGGCUGCGGUGAGCUAGACAUCGCCGAGGUGCUCUACGGCAACGGCGACGACCCGUCUGCGGCUAUCUCGGAGAUCUACUCGUUCAAGGGCGCGACGGGCUCGGGUGCUUCUGCAUUCGCGCGCCCCGUCGACACACCCGCGACAUUCGGGAUUGUGUUUGACGUGGACAGCGAUGCGAUUUCCGUCCAGGAACUCACUGAGUGGGACUACACGCAGACGGCGAUCCCGCGCAGCAUCGUGAACGGGUACCUCGAUGCAUCCGCCGGCGAGACGGUGUCGUUCAGCGCGAACGCGCGUCGCGCGGACAAGCGCUCCAUCUUUGGUGCGCACCACCGUCGCCGCAACCACUAA